UGUUUGUAUGUGGUAAGUUCGGCAAGGUGAAAACUCUUAUCUCAAAUUAGACUACAUAUGCAGUGAAGGAAUGAUGAAUUUUGUUAUCAUUUUACCUAUUGACAGGCAAAACAUCUAACUAACAUGAAAAUUACUGUGAUUUUCCUUGCGAUUUUGAUAGUGUACGUCAAGAGUGAGAGCUGUACAUCAUCUAUUGAUGUUUGCACGGUGACCUCGUGCAGAAACUCUACUCUACAUUGCGUCGAUAACAAGUGCACGUGUUUAUCUACACCAACACGUCAGAAAUGCGUUGUGAGAUCAGACUGUUACAGCGCCGUAGCUGAUGCGGAUCAUCAUCAUUGUCGGGUAGACUCAACUGGUGCGGUGAUUUUCCAUUGUAUUGAUAAUAUUUGCCGGUGUGAGCCGAACUUCCAUACUGGAAAUUAAAAAAUAAAGUGCAUAUCCUGUUCAA